CUCUCCUGCAGAAGAGCUUCCCCUAAACUUUCAUAUUCCACCUUCAAACAAGCGACGAUGAGCAGACAGGCGCCUACGGUGAGAUCUGUCCUGGGACGAAGAGGCUUCAGUUCAGCUUCGGAGAUUUGUGGUCGAAGCUACGCCGCCUCCGCCUGCCAGCCUGUCCGAUGUGGAGCUGGUGCCUAUAGCAGCAGGAGCGUCUGCAACCUGGGUGGAAACAGGAGAAUUUCCUACGUGAACGGGGUCUGUGGUACUGGAUGUUUUGGAGACUUCGGCUUCGGAGGCGUAGGCUACAAUAAUGUUGGAGGAAGGGUUGGCCUUUGUGGUCCCAGGGGAUAUAGUAUUGUGAGAGGUUACCCCGAUCGCAAGGCUGAUGGCAUCCAAGGCAUCUGCAUCGAUGAGCGGCUCCUGAAGCCCCUCUGUGUUGGGGUUGACCCGCUGGAACACGAAAUACGCUGUCAGGAGAAGGAACAGAUCAAGACCCUCAACACCCAAUUUGCCUGCUUCAUCGACAAGGUCCGGUUCCUGGAGCAGCAGAACAAAGUGCUGGAGACCAAGUGGGGCCUCCUGCAGCAAUAUGUCUUACCAAAGAAAGGGAAAAACCUGGAACUGUACUUUGAGAAUUACAUCUGCGACCUGCGGAAGCGCCUGGACUGCUUGCUGUGUGAAAAGCAAAAACUGGGCAGCGAAGAGUGUGCCACAAGCCAGCUGGUGGAGGAGUUCAAGUGCAAAUAUGAAGAGGAAAUCAACAGGCGUACAACUGUGGAGAAUGAAUUCGUGGCACUCAAAAAGGAUGCAGACUGUAUCUUUCUGAACAAGGAAGAGCUGGAGGUGAAGGUGGAUCUGUUAAGAAGGCAGCUGGAGUUGUUGAAAUGUGUGUUUGAGGAGGAACGAGCUCAGGUAGAUCGCCAGCUAUGCGACACUUCGGUCAUCGUGAAAAUGGACAACAACCGAGACCUAGACAUGGAAAGCAUCAUCAAGAACGUUGAAUGUUGGUACCAAGAAAUAGCUCAGAAGAGCAAAGAAGAAGUUGAUGCUUUCUACCAAACCAGGUUUCAGGAGCUUCAGGAUAAGAGAGGCAAGUACUGCGAUGAUCUGCAAAGCAACAAGUGUGAGAUUUCAGAGCUAACCCGGAUGAUACAGAAGCUGCAGUGUGAGCUGGAGAACGUGAAGAAGCAGGUCUCCUGCCUGCAAACCUCCAUUUGUGAUGUUGAGCAACGUGGGGAUUGUGCUCUGAAAGAUGCUCGGGAGAAGCACGUUGAGCUGCAGAAUGCCCUUCAGAAGGCCAAGGAUGAGCUGGCUUGCAUGCUGCGGGAUUACCAGGAGCUGCUGAAUGUCAAACUGGCCCUGGACAUUGAGAUUGCAACGUAUAAGACCCUACUGGAGGGUGAAGAGAGCAGGUGGGUGACAGAGACCUUGUCCCUUUUCUCCUCUGUGGUCAGCAGCGGCUACAAUAUCCCCGACGACUGCGGAAUCCUGGCUGCAAAUGGGGCUGCGUGUGGCUACGGCUCCCUGGGGAGACGUUCCGGACGACACAGCUCCCAGAACGGAGGAUUCAGCUCCCGGAGCGCUGGGAUCCACCCCAAGAGAGUGCUUAGCUCGGUGGCCAAGCAGUGCGUCCCAGAAGUGUUUUGCCAAGCUGGAGGGGUCAACUGCAAAAAUGGGGGAUUCAGCUCCCGAAGUGGGGGUUACCCAGCCCGCACGGUCAUCAGCACGGGAAAUGGGGGCUUGAAUGCUAGGAUGGGGGCUUGCCAGGCUGGUGGGGUGGUCAGCUUUGGGAACCAAGGCUGCAUCGUCAGGCAGCUGGGGGGCUCUCCCGUUGUUGUUGCAAACAGCCCCGAGGUCGUGGGGUGCAACAACGGCGUGGUGGGGAACUUUGGGGUUGUCAGAGACCAGUGCGUUGUUCCAUAG